UGUAUGUGCGUGUUGGUCUUGGACGAGGGCUCUCCGCCCGGUGAGGCCGGCACGCUCCGUAGAUCGCCCCGCGCCCAAAAAGGCUCUGCCGGAGUUGGCAGAAGGCGAGGCACCCGAGCAUCACGCGCGCGAAUCACGAGAGAUCACGUUCGGAUGUAACUCCAUUUAAAACACCAUUCCCAGAGUACAUGAGUCUCGUCAGUUGGUUGUAUCCGAUGCUCUGGCGAUGUCCGGCCCGCCCCGAGCGGGCGGGAUGGGUCCCUCAUACCUACCCCCCCCCCGCCUGGCGGUGGCGUCAGGUGGCGUUCGUGCCCUCUCUGUCGCUGUGUUGCCCUGGGUUCCUGUGUUGUCGAGGUGGUCUGUCGGAAGGAGCCUCGUCCCGGCCUCGUCCCUUGCCAGUCCUCGGCCUGGUGGGGGACCAGAUGCGCCCUCAUUUAGGUUUACUUGGGAGCCAGGGAGCGAUGGUCUUCCUCAACAGGUCCUCCACUUCUCCUGUCCCCGCCCCCCCCUGUCCCGGGCCGCGGUCCCCUAGUUCGGACGCAGGACAUGUUGGGGGCUGGUCCCACUCAGGGGCCCUUCUGGUCUUUUUUUCUCCCUUCUCCCUCUCGGGGGAGGGAGGGGGGGCACAACCAACUGGCUCGUGGAGGGUGUCUUGUCUUGGCAGACGCACAUGGGUGUGAGGGCGGUCCGCUCCCGAUGGGCUUUCUUGGGGGCGGCGAUGUUGCCGACCGCCCUGCCAGUUGGCGGGGGGUGAAAAAUUCACCCCCCCGUCCUGGCCCCGGUCUGGAGGGCCGCGCAACAAGACACUGCCCCCAUUCCCUUUUGGUCCCCUUUGUCUUUACACCUCCAACAUGUUCCGCGUUACUCCCGUUCUCCGCAAGCAGAUGGACAUCAUGUCCGUUGUCCAGAAGCUCGGUGGCCGCAUGACCGCUGUCCAGCGCGCUGAGCUCCUCGAGCUGAGCAAGCAGUUCACUGAGACCAAGCGCGAGCUUGAGGAUCUUUCCAAGGAGCCCAAGCCCAUCAACUGGGCCGCUUUCUCCUCCUCCAUCAGCGAGAAGGGUCUGGUCGACUCCUACAAGGCUGCCUACGAGGGCCUCGUCGUCCCCAAGACCGAUGUCGCCGCCGCCAUUGCCGCCAUCAACGCCCAGGAGGCCAGCGCCCUCAAGCUCGUCAAGGCUCAGGUCCAGGAGUCUGAGGCCCAGAUUGCCAAGCUCCAGGCCCAGCUUGCCGCUCUCGACAACGAGGUCCCUCUCGAGAAGCAGACCAUCGGCCAGAUCCUCCGCGACAACCCCGAGGUCAACGCCGAGGUCGAGCUCCGCAUGCUCCGCACUGGCUACGCCGUCUAAGUGUGUGUGUGUGCCGUGCUGUGCCUCCCUCCCAGCCAUGCGCGCGUGCCUCCCGGUGUAGCUGCGUGUGUGUUUGCCCGCGUGGCCGCACGCAUAUGCACGCACGCGCUCGCCUCCCCGCCGCCCUUUUCUCCUCAUAUUUCCCCAGACCGCGCCGAAAGCCGCACCGUGUAUGCAAAAAGGAGGGGGAGAGGUCAUGCGCCCCUCUUCCAUCUGGUUGUCCUCCAUGCGGCAGCUCUCGGUUGUCUGGCCUCCCUCCCCCCCACCCAAUCACCUUCCCUCCCCUGACUACACCAACACACUCCACAGCGCAUCCAUGCUCCGUGCCUCUGCCCCUCUUCUCCGCACUGAUAUUUCCC